AUGGAAGCAGAUUCUUCAGCUACAGAUCUUUCCCUCAUUUCAAAAUAUGGUGAUCGUUCGAGCCAUUACUAUCAUUUAUAAAAUGAUACGAAGAAAGAUAUUAAAUCUAAUCCCACCUAAUCUACAACUUAUCUCUAUGUUUGGGGUUCUAAUCAAUUCGGGCAGUUAGGUAUAGGGGAAAAGCAUCAUGGGAAAAUGAUUUAAAAACCAAUGAAGUAUAAAUUCCCCUUCAAAAUCAUUCAGAUUUCUUGUGGUAAUGAGCACACAUUAUUCCUCACGGCUUAAAAUCUAGUAUAUUCUAUGGGUAGUAACAUAGAUGGCUAGCUUGGAUUAGGCACUCGACAGAUCAUUCAAAAGAACAGCCCUGUAUUGGUAGAAUAAUUGAAUCAUAUUAAAAUAGUAAAAAUCGCAAGUGGGAAGUCUCAUAAUAUUGCUCUUGACAGAGAAGGUCAAUGCUAUUCAUGGGGUUCUAAUGAAAACGGGCAGUUAGGGUUGAAAGACAAUCCAUAUACAAACUCCUAAUUUGAGGCUAAUUGCUUGGUAAAUAUUGAUCCUACCAAAUACAAUAUUGAUCAUAUUUCAGCUGGAGGAAAUCACUCAAUGUUUUUGGAAAAGAUAAGUGGCAGCUUAUUUGGAUGUGGCAGUAAUCUCCAAGGAUAGCUGGGCAUAAAGGAAACAAAAGAAUACAGAUAGCCUAUUAUGAUUGAUUACCCAGUAAUGCAUGGUGCGUUUAUUUAGCUUUAAUGUGGGUCUGACUAUACUUUAGCUCUCAAUAAAUAUGGGGAAGUUUACUCUUGUGGAGAUAACACCAGAUUACAAUUAGGCAUUAGAGGCUUAAAUUAGUCAAGCUAAUUUUUGAAAUUACCUACUUUAUCAAACAUAAAAAAGAUUCAAGCAGGAGGCUACUCUAGUGCACUAAAUCACUAAGGACAACUCUAUUUGUGGGGACAAACAAGUUUUGGGUCCUUGUCCUCUCCACUGUGUAUCACCUAAAUGAAUGUUCAGAUACUUUUCAAAAGCAUCUCAGUAGGUGAUGAAUUCGGAGUUGCUAUAGAUUAGAUUCACAAUUUUCACACAUGGUCCACAAUUGGCAUGCAGGAAUAGCAUAAAUUUGGCGAAAAUUUAAACAAAAAUAGCAAAAGAUUCAGAGCAUCUUAAGUAACUUGUGGAAAAGAUUUCGCCAUUGCAAUUUUAUCAAAGAGAAAGACAAGUAGAGUAAAUUUAUUUAGAGCAGAGAAUAAACUCUAAUUCUAAUAAAGUAAUAUCGAAAAUAAGCAAUAAGAGCGAGUUUAACAAGAUCUUUAUCAAACUAGGGACUCUGAUUAUAGAAAUUAGCAAGCAGAAUUCAAUUAGUACAAUAAUUAUUAGUUACAGAAUAACUCGAGACAUAAAUACCAGUUUAGCUUUUCUAAUGCCAAUAAUAUGCUUGACUAAACUAUAGAUGUUCAACAGUAAAGUUAAAAUUAUCCUUACAAGGACUUAGACUGUUAAAAUUCAAAGGCAGAUUUAAAUAAGAGUAGCAACGACAUAUUCUAGCAUUAUAAGUAGCGCUAUAGUAGAUCAAGAGAUAAUCACUCUCACAAUUAGUUUUAGAAUAAUACUACUCUUGGUGGUGAUAGUUUAGCACAGCCAAUUCGCUUUGAAUCUAGAUAAAACUCUCUUAGUAAUAGUCACAUUAACUCUGAAACUAAUAAGAAUUAUCAAAGAUUGAGAAUAAAAUCUCAUUCCCCAUCAUUUAGGACUAUAUCUCUACCUUAAACUGCAAACUAACCUAGUGGAAGACCAGCGAGUAGUGAACUUAUUAAUAGGCCAAAACAUUCUGUUUAAACUUAGUAUCUUAUCUAAAUAGAUGAUUUAAACAAGUAAAACAUAAUUCUUUAGAAGCAAGUAAAUGAGCUUAGCUUUUAGCUUAGCUAGUAUGAUGCUAGCUUGAAUGAAAAAAUUUCGGAGAUAGUCUAGUUUUAUGACUAGAAAAUAAGGGAAGAGAAGUCUAAAAGGAAUAAUUUACAUAAAGAAAAGAAGAAUGUUUAGGAUUAGUAUAAAUCAGAGUUACUUCGUCUGAUGAGUAAGGUAGAAAACUAUGAGAAAUUAAUGGACCAGUAGAAGUAUCAGUAUUAAGUGCUGCAACAAGCAUAUGAUGAGCAGUACUAAUUCAAAAAAGAACAAAUGAUUCUUAUAAACAGUCAAUAAAGAGAUGUAAAUAUCCUCACUGAUAAGUGCAAAGAUUUGGAAAAUCAACUUUCGUCUCAGACUCAUAUCAAUCACUAGGUAAACUUAGAUACCUAAAUUCUCAGAGAUGAGAUUUAGUAACUUAAAAAAUCUCAUGUUUAGAAUCUUGAUAACCUCCAGACCUUUUAACUGUAGAUUAAUGACUUUAAGGCCAGGGAACAAGACUACGAGUUGAGAUUAGAUUAAAAAGACUAAGAAAUAAAUAUGCUAACAAGAUAAGUCAUAGAUUUGAAGCAAUUCGCUGAUUCGUAUGAAACUGAGUUGCUUGAGUAUCAGAGAUAAAUCGAGGACCUCGAAGAUAAAAACAUCAAACUUGUGUAGUUGCUUGAUAAAAACACCUAUAACAAGGCUUAAGAUUACUAAAAUAAGGUUAUGAGCAUUCUUAACCACUCUAGACCUCAAUCAUACAACAGUUCUUAGAAUAGAAAUCACACUAGAAAUAACAGUAAUCCAUAUCAGCAAGCUCCUCUGAGGAACUUAAACGUCCAAGAAUAUUCAGACAAAUCCAAUUUGUAAAGCUUCGCUCAAUCUCAAAAUCACUCAUUCAAUGGAGUUGGCAAAGACUCUGCAUAUCAUAGCAAAAAGCCAUCCAUAAAUCCUUACUAGUAACAGCCACUGAGCUAAAAAGAAAAUUCAUUUACGAUUAGUAGUCCAGCUGACAUUCCCAUCAGAGAGGACAGAGAUGAAGAUGAGUUUUCAGCUAGUAACUGCAAGAGUGAUGCUGACAACACCAAUCAAAACUUUAAUAGGGAUUAAGUGCUAAAUCUCUUUGCCGCUCUAAAUGAUCAGAUAUCUCCUCGAAGUUUGAGCAGCUCCAAUCAGUUGUAACAUAACAGAAAUUUCUCUCAAACUGCUAAGCCUGCUUUUCAAGGGAAUAAUAUGACAUUCAGUAACAAUAGUCUGAAUGAUCAAAAUCAACCAUAGUUCAAUAAGGUAGAUCCCCCAAAGGAUAUUAGUGCACCUAAGUUGACAGCUGUAAUUAAUUUAAAUUGA